AUGCUCCACCGAGCUCAUCUCUGUUAUUUCUCGUCUAUCCGCAUUCUUCGCCUCCGUGAAGACGUCUCAGGAGGUCACAAGGUGCAGGAGUACGGGUAUCGCAUGCGGCGGCACGCCUUCAAGCAAUUGCUGCCCACCGUCCUGUGCGAUCUCUCUGAGCUGAAAGAGCUCGAGCUACGGUCCUUGGGACACGAGGCCUUUUGGCAUCCGCUCAAGUCGGUGCCUGGCGGCUGUUUCCUCAGCUGUAACAUCCACACUCUGCAUAUCUCCGAGACGCAUCGCGCCCUCGUGGAAACUCUGCACGAUCCUCAGCUGAUCAAUGACUGGUGUAUGUCGUCUAUUCGCCCAUUUAUGAAGCUGAGACGCUUGGGGCUCGAUGGAUGGGCGACGGACGUGGCGAACCUCGUCAACGCCAUCGUUGCACCCGAGCUGGAGGACAUCGAACUAACCUGUAGUCCUGACCCAGGCGACGUCAGGUUAGAGGUGGAUGCUCUCAGCGUAACCUUCGACAUUCUGCGUCGCAGGAAUGUGACCUCCAUGCGAAUACUUCGUGUCAUCUUCUGCGAGUUAGAAUCCCAACACAUCAAUGAUCUCGCCUGUUACUAGAAAGACAGAGGUAACGAGAUCUGGAACAGGACUACCACGGCUUUCAGAUUCAAAGGUACAUAUAUACUUGGUGCGACCUUGCACAGGUAAAUUCGAGGUGAUGCUUGCGACGUUUUCGCCGCUGGGCGCUAGAACUCGCGUCUACGAGUAACGACGCACCUUUCGCCUUACACACGUCACACGACCUUGCCCAAGUCUUUGUUUUUCGAGACAAUUUCGAGCUCUCCCUGG